AUGGACAUAAAGAAAACUAAAAACUUUUUGUCGGAAGAUAAUGAGUACGAUUCUAUCACAAAACGUGGUCAGGACCACGCCAGCGGCCACAUCGGCUCACAGUUUGCAGUCGCAGAUCAUAUCGCUACUGCAGAUGAAAAUUUCAGACGACCAGAGCAUCUUGACGACACCGUCGUCCUCGCCAUCAACUUUAUCUUCGCUGUCGUCGUCAACGAUGUUCUGAAAAACAGGCAGAUAAUAGGCAGAGACUUCCUCUCCCAAGUUGAGAACAUCAGCUCUUACCUGAUGACGAUCGCAAAAAAUAUAAGUGAUGAUGGCGACUACCACACUAAUGACAUUAACGAUGACGGCUAUAUUGACAACAUUGGCGUUUGUGGUAGUGGCAGUGGCGUUGGUGAUGGUUGUGGUAAGGGUAGAAAUGACGAUCUGAAGAAAGGUGAUGUGGUCGCGUUCUUCACCACAUCCUCUAUUGAGACCAUCGUUUUCUACGUCGCUUGCUUGAAGGUCGGCCUUGUGACGGCCGUCACCAACAUUCAACAUACCAUACCUGAAUUGAGUGAGCAGCUUCAAAUAUGCGCAGCUGAUGCUAUCUUCACAGACCUGGAAAAUGUUGAAGUUGCCACAAAAGCUGCCAGCAGUUGCUCGACAAUUAAGGCGCAUCACUUGAAGGUUUGA